AUGGAAUUCCUUCAGCCAGCUCAUGACUAUUCCAUGUGUUUUGGAGACCCACCAUACGGCGACCCGACAGGGCAUUCAAACAGCGUGUCGUGCUUGAGUCAACCUGAUCUAAAUCACGACGCCUUUUUGAUGAGAAGCACUGUACCGGAUGAUGGAAGUGGUACACCGGGCACCCCAGAGUAUUUGAAUGCGUCUUUCGAGCCCAUUGGGACCAUUGCUACUCGGAACGAGAGACGUAAGGCGCAAAAUCGAGCUGCUCAACGAGCCUUUCGGGUUCGCCAGCAGCAAGCCUUAGCAGAAGCCCAGGCGAAAUUGCGCACCUUGCAGGAAGAGCUGGAAGGGGCUACUGGAAGAAAAGACCAUUUCGAGCGACUAUACAAAAGUCUCAGUCGCGAGCACGAGCGACUUCUGCGAACUUUUCAAGAGUUACUGGCAUCGGUACAGUCAAACUCCCUGGGUGAUUGA